AUGAAGCACAAUAACGUUAUUCCAAAUGCCCAUUUCCACAAACACUGGCAAAACUACAUAAAGACAUGGUUUGAUCAGCCAGGAAAAAAGAAGAAAAGACGUGUUGCUAGGCAGAAGAAAGCACUCAAGAUUUCUCCCAGACCAGUUGCAGGCCCUCUUAGACCUGUUGUCAGAUGUCCAACUUUUAAAUACAACACUAAAGUAAGGUUUGGAAGAGGCUUCACACUAGAGGAGUUGAAGAAUGCUGGUAUUUCAGCAAAGCGGGCUUUAAGCGUUGGUAUUGCAGUUGACCACAGAAGGAAGAAUCGCUCCACUGAAUCUUUGCAAGCCAAUGUGCAGCGACUGAAUGAAUACAAAAGCAAGCUGAUACUCUUCCCAAGAAAGGCCAAUAAACCAAAGGCUGGUGAUAGCGAGGCUGCAGAACUGGCUUUGGCCACUCAAUUGCAAGGACAGGUCCAACCUAUCCUGCAGACAAAGCAGGCUGAGAAGGCAAGAAAGGUUACCGAGGAUGAGAAGAAAAUUAGUGUAUUUAGCUCUAUGCGUAUUGCUCGUGCCAAUGCAAGACUGGUUGGAAUUCGUGCCAAGAGAGCCAAAGAGGCUGCUGAGACUGACAAAAUGAAAAUGGGAAAGAAAUAAGUUUGUUAAAGUAUGAAAUUCUCAUGCACAUAUAA